AUGUUUCUUGAGCCCCUGCUGUGUGCCUCAUGUGGUUCUAGAUGCCGGAGACGCAGCAGGGUAGACGUGGUCCCUGCGCUCAUGAGAGCCAAGCUCCUUAUCCUGAGGCUUACAAUGAUGACCGCCCCCAGCGGCUCCCCGCUCGUUAUCACCGAGGCUGCACUGGCGGGGCUGAGUGCCCCGUCACUGAGGAGCAUUCAAGCAGACUAUGGUCGCAAGCUGGCGGCCGCGUGUGGGAACGGCCCCGCUGGCGGGGCCGCCACCUGUUGCCCUCACUCUGCGUCCUCCGCGGAGGCCGCGCUGGGGGAGGGCCCGGGGUGGACCUCUGUCCCCGAGCAGACCCUGAGCAUCACCAACUUUGCCCGGGCGACGAGGCAGCCGUGA